AUGAAGCUCUACAUACUUCUUUCCAUUAUUGGAUUAUUCAUAUCUAUGUCUAAAACAAAAAGGAACUGUGAUGCCUCAGAAGCUGUUAAGUGUGGAUCAGACUAUAAAGCGGCACUUAAGAAAGUAGGCAACAACCAACAUAAAUUUUGUCUAUCUGUACACGGCUAUUUAGACUGUUUAGAUUGGAAUGAUUGUUUAACACAAGAUAUAAAAGAUAAAGUUAAGGAAGUAUUUCAGACAAUUGGUAUCAAAUGUGGUGAUUGGAACCAAUUAACAAAAUCAGGACCAGUUGAUUUCUUAAAAUCAAGUGACAAAAGUAAAUUAAGAACGUCCUUACAUUUAAUGUAA